GUAUUGAACAGCGAGUUCGGGUAUACCCCACCUGACUCGCCGAUCACGUGCUCGUGUAAGAAGCAAAAUGUCGGACGCAGACAUGGCAGAUUGGGAUGCCGAUGAAUUCGAACCUUCCGUCGUGAAGGCCUCUGCUCCGUCGGAUAAGUGGGCAGGAGAGGAUGAAGAAGAAGAGCUCAAGGAUAACUGGGAUGAUGAUGAUGAUGACGCCGAGAAAAAAAAGGGAGGUGACGAGGCCACAACCACUCUGGUGACAAAGAAAAAGAAAAAGCCAAUCGGUGAAAGAAUUCGUGAAAAGGAGGAGAAAAAACGAAAAGAACUUGAAGAAAAGCGCAAAAAGGAAGAAGAGGAAAAGUCUAAAAUGGGCCCUGCAGAAAUUCAAGCUGAGAAGAUGAAAAAGUUGCGACUACAGGAAGAAUCUGACUUGGAGCUGGCCAAGGAUGCAUUUGGAGUAUCAAAUGAUGAUGGGUUAGCGAAACGUACGAUAGACAGUUUUCAUCCAACUGAUACGAAUGAUUUCGAGAGCUUGGCUUCAAUGUUAAAGGAAAAGUUAACGCAAUAUGAGUCUUCUGUAAAUUAUCCAGGAUUUUUAGAAACGCUGUUCAGAGAUUUAGUGGCAGGCUUAAGUUCUGAGGAUAUCAAGAAAUUAGGAAGUACCUUAAAUGCUGUAGCCAAUGAAAAACAGAAACAACAAAAGAACACAAAAGGAAAAAGAAAGAAGAAAGGUCCAAGUGUUAAAGAAGGGGGUCAACUGUACAACUACGACGAUGAUGAUUUGGGUGAUGAAUUCGAUGGAUUCUUGUAAUAUUCACAGUGAUCGGCUUCUUAGACAAUAACUCCUGACUCUUUGCCUGAACCAUCAUCAUAGAUUGACCAUAUCUCGGGAUGCUCCAAUGAGUAACAUUUAAUGGACUAUAGUCAAUGCUUAAGGAAUUGAACCCGAGGCGGAGGACCUUGGUUGAGUUACCAAGACACUCUCGGGUGGAGCUAAAAUACAGUCCAAACCCGAGCCGACAGGCGAGGGUUUGGACGAAAUUUUAGCUCCACCCGAGAGUGUCUUGGUAACUCAACCAAGGUCCGAAGCCGAGGGUUCAAUUUCUAUUCUAAAAUACCUCAAACUUAAAAAGAUAGGCCACGAAAAUAACUUGAAUAUGUGCGAAUUUGGCAAAUUCCAUCCAUCGCCGGCCCGGCCGGAGCGCCGGUAGCGCCAUUGUUUACAUUAUGUUACGGCAACGUUACAGAAAAUGAGACAUGUACAUUUUGUACAGCGCGCAUAGGAAGUCCGCAUCGGCUCGCUCAAGUGAUGCUAAAAUCUGCGCAAAUGGGCUAUUUGGAGCGUUUUUCUCGGCAAAUAUGUGUAGUGCUCAUUAAAAAACUUAGGGUGGUUGAUGCUUCCUUGACUGAUUUGUGUUUGAAGCAGUGUUUUGAGCGCCUCAAACUUCUGAAGUGAGCCGAAAUUCCAUUGACGUGACGUGUGCAUGGUUUCCACAUUUUAGUGCAACCCGAGGGAACUUUGGUAGAGCAUCUUGGUUGCGUGUCCAAAACACUCCGCUCUCAGAACGAGGCUUAUGCAUUUUCCAUUUAAAAGUUGACUUUACGGUACCAAGGUAUUUUAGAAUUAUUCAUCAAACAUGGCAGAAAAUAAUGCCAGAGUGACUAUUUAGUGCAUGAAUUUGAAGUUUUCAAUGACCGUGCCAAAUUAUUCAAAAGUGUUCUUGAAAACCCGUUUAGCAAGAUAAGGACUCCCCUUCUGAUGUAAAGGCACUUUCUGAAUCAUAGAGGUGAUGGUGGAGCUGUUGAGUUUGUGAUAGUUCAUCUGCUUUCUAUUUUUUCAAGUUCAUCAAAGAGUGAUUUUCAUGUUGAGCCUCCCUUCUUGGACCCCUUGGCCUUGAGGUCACCAUCAAUACGAGGAUAUGAAUGGUGAUUCUUCGCUCCAUAAAAGGCUCUAUCACGAUCUGUUCAGAUUUGAUCGCAAUUACAAUGCUGGGAUUUAGCAUAUACAUGUAUUAUAUUUGUAAAGCUGCUUUCGCUGCAGAAUUCAAGGAGGAACCAUCUCAAGUUAAAAACUUAAAUUGUUGGUCAGAAUAGAGAUUCUUCAAUCAGUGGUAGGAAUGUUUCUUCACUUACCAAUCAAAUCGUUUCUGUUCUUGCAAGACAUCAGAUUCUCUAGUCUGAAUCUGCCAAAUUAUGUAAUUGGUGCUUCCAGCCUCAUGAUGUAUUAUGUUGCCUGCACUCCCGCCUCUGCCUUCAAUCAGAUUAUAACUUGAUGAAUACUUGCCGACUGGUACUUAUUUUGAUUGUGUAGCAAUAUGCCAGCAAUUGUAUGGACAGUCUGUCAAAAUUACCAACAGAAUUUUUCAUUUAAAUUUGCAUGUUUAUUAUCAUUAGUAACAUUUUAAAGCAGGCACUUAUUUUUAUGAGAAACAGUAUGAAACAUAGAAAUGUAUACAAGGUUAUGGGGCCUACUGGUAAACAGGGAUUCUGUGUGAAAAACAUGUAUUCUUUGGUUUCGAAAAUAAGAGUUACAAGGUUGUUCUAAUUACUGUUCACUUAGUCAGUGGUGAUGGACAUUUGACAUUCUGCCUGGUGCCUUGAUUAUGAAUCAGACAAGCUGAUAUUGCUUUUAAUGGAAUAAGUUGGUCAAGUUACAAAAUGAUUGUUUGGAGUGUUAGUUGAGUUGAAGAGUAGCAUCUGCACCCCCUGUCUUAGUUCCAGUGGAUUGUCUUUGUCUAAUGCUGGCAUAUAACAGUCAUUCUUUUGUAUCUUGUAUCAAGUACUUGAUAGCUUGCAGGCCAGUUUAAUGAUAGCACCAUAGCAGUUCCUGUCAUUGCUUUACCAUCAACGGUUUAUGUACACAAAAAUCAGCUCAUUUCAUUUGGCAAUGAACACAUCUGUGUGAAUUUCAACUCUGCUCUGUCGCAUCCGUGCUGCUCCAUGGAGAAGCAGUCCUGUGGGAAGGGCCGUUUCAAGUUGAAUUAGUGCAAUCCUCUUCCAUUGAUAGGAUUUGCGUGUUGACUAAAGGAUGCCCAAUCUUUCCAUUUUAACGUGUACAAGAGACCACUUGAUGGGUUGUGCAGAGCUAAGCCAGGACUUCACUAGCACACGUGCUCAGUCCUCUUCUAUUAAGCAUGAAACCCAUUACAAACCAUCAUUGUUACUUCAAACUUCCUCCUGCUUUUUCAUAAGAUUUGCAGAAACUUUGAUAAGGAAUAAAUGGAGAGAUAUA